GUUAUUACCCCAUAACCAUCAGGAAGAAGGUACAGGAGCCUCAGGACCCACACCACCAGGUUCAGGGACAGUUAUUACCCCAUAACCAUCAGGAAGAAGGUACAGGAGCCUCAGGACCCACACCACCAGGUUCAGGAACAGUUAUUACCCCUCAACCAUCAGGAAGGAGGUACAGGAGCCUCAGGACCCACACCACCAGGUUCAGGAACAGUUAUUACGCUUCAACCAUCAGGAGGAGGUACAGGAGCCUCAGGACCCACACCUCCAGGUUCAGGAACAGUUAUUACCCCUCAACCAUCAGGAAAGAGGUACAGGAGCCUCAGGUCCCACACCACCAGGUUCAGGAACAGUUAUUACCCCCUCAACUAUCAGGAAGGAGGUACAGGAGCCUCAGGACCCACACCAUGAGGUUCAGGAACAGUUAUUACCCCCUCAACCAUCAGGAAGGAGGUACAGUAACCUCAGGACCCACACCACCAUGUUCAGGAACAGUUAUUACGCUUCAACCAUCAGGAAGGAGGUACAGGAGCCUCAGGACCCACACCACCAGGUUCAGGAACAUUUAUUACCCCCUCAACCAUCAGGAACCUCAGGGCCCACACCACCAGGUUCAGGAACAAUUAUUACCCCUCAACCAUCAGGAAGAAGGCACAGGAGCCUCAGGACACACACCACCAGGUUCAGGACAGUUAUUACCCCCUCAACCAUCAGGAAGGAGGUACAGGAACCUCAGGGCCCACACCACCAGGUUCAGGAACAAUUAUUACCCCUCAACCAUCAGGAAGAAGGCACAGGAGCCUCAGGACCCACACCACCAGGUUCAGGAACAGUUAUUACCCCCUCAACUAUCAGGAAGGAGGUACAGGAGCCUCAGGACCCACACCAUGAGGUUCAGGAACAGUUAUUACCCCCUCAACCAUCAGGAAGGAGGUACAGGAACCUCAGGACCCAUACCACCAUGUUCAGGAACAGUUAUUACGCUUCAACCAUCAGGAAGGAGGUACAGGAGCCUCAGGACCCACACCACCAGGUUCAGGAACAGUUCUUACCCCCUCAACCAUCAGGAAGGAGGUACCGGAGCCUCAGGACCCACACCACCAGGUUCAGGGACAGUUAUAACCCCUCAACCAUCAGGAAGGAGGUACAGGAGCCUCAGGACCCACACCACCAGGUUCAGGGACAGUUAUAACCCCUCAACCAUCAGGAAGGAGGUACAGGAACCUCAGGACCCACACCACCAGGUUCAGGAACAGUUAUUACCCCUCAACCAUCAGGAGGAGGUACAGGAGCCUCAGGACCCACACCACCAGGUUCAGGAACAGUUCUUACCCCCUCAACCAUCAGGAAGGAGGUACAGGAGACUCAGGACACACACCACCAGGUUCAGGGACAGUUAUAACCCCUCAACCAUCAGGAAGGAGGUACAGGAGCCUCAGGACCCACACCACCAGGUUCAGGAACAGUUAUUACCCCCUCAACCAUCAGGAGGAGGUACAGGAGCCUCAGGACCCACACCACCAGGUUCAGGAACAGCUAUUACCCCUCAACCAUCAGGAAGGAGGUACAGGAGCCUCAGGACCCACACCACCAGGUUCAGGAACAGCUAUUACCCCUCAACCAUCAGGAAGGAGGUACAGGAGCCUCAGGACCCACACCACCAGGUUCAGGAACAGUUAUUACCCCUCAACCAUCAGGAAAGAGGUACAGGAGCCUCAGGUCCCACACCACCAGGUUCAGGAACAGCUAUUACCCCUCAACCAUCAGGAAGGAGGUACAGGAGCCUCAGGACCCACACCACCAGGUUCAGGAACAGCUAUUACCCCUCAACCAUCAGGAAGGAGGUACAGGAGCCUCAGGACCCACACCACCAGGUUCAGGAACAGUUAUUACGCUUCAACCAUCAGGAGGAGGUACAGGAGCCUCAGGACCCACACCACCAGGUUCAGGAACAGUUAUUACCCCUCAACCAUCAGGAAAGAGGUACAGGAGCCUCAGGUCCCACACCACCAGGUUCAGGAACAGUUAUUACCCCCUCAUCUAUCAGGAAGGAGGUACAGGAGCCUCAGGACCCACACCAUGAGGUUCAGGAACAGUUAUUACCCCCUCAACCAUCAGGAAGGAGGUACAGGAACCUCAGGACCCACACCACCAUGUUCAGGAACAGUUAUUACGCUUCAACCAUCAGGAAGGAGGUACAGGAGCCUCAGGACCCACACCACCAGGUUCAGGAACAUUUAUUACCCCCUCAACCAUCAGGAGGAGGUACAGGAGCCUCAGGACCCACACCACCAGGUUCAGGAACAGUUAUUACCCCCUCAACCAUCAGGAAGGAGGUACAGGAACCUCAGGGCCCACACCACCAGGUUCAGGAACAAUUAUUACCCCUCAACCAUCAGGAAGAAGGCACAGGAGCCUCAGGACACACACCACCAGGUUCAGGACAGUUAUUACCCCCUCAACCAUCAGGAAGGAGGUACAGGAACCUCAGGGCCCACACCACCAGGUUCAGGAACAAUUAUUACCCCUCAACCAUCAGGAAGAAGGCACAGGAGCCUCAGGACCCACACCACCAGGUUCAGGAACAGUCAUUACCCCCUCAACUAUCAGGAAGGAGGUACAGGAGCCUCAGGACCCACACCAUGAGGUUCAGGAACAGUUAUUACCCCCUCAACCAUCAGGAAGGAGGUACAGGAACCUCAGGACCCACACCACCAUGUUCAGGAACAGUUAUUACGCUUCAACCAUCAGGAAGGAGGUACAGGAGCCUCAGGACCCACACCACCAGGUUCAGGAACAUUUAUUACCCCCUCAACCAUCAGGAACCUCAGGUCCCACAACACCAGGUUCAGGGACAGUUAUUACCCCAUAACCAUCAGGAAGAAGGUACAGGAGCCUCAGGACCCACACCACCAGGUUCAGGGACAGUUAUUACCCCAUAACCAUCAGGAAGAAGGUACAGGAGCCUCAGGACCCACACCACCAGGUUCAGGGACAGUUAUUACCCCAUAACCAUCAGGAAGAAGGUACAGGAGCCUCAGGACCCACACCACCAGGUUCAGGGACAGUUAUUACCCCAUAACCAUCAGGAAGAAGGUACAGGAGCCUCAGGUCCCACACCACCAGGUUCAGGGACAGUUAUUACCCCAUAACCAUCAGGAAGAAGGUACAGGAGCCUCAGGACCCACACCACCAGGUUCAGGAACAGUUAUUACCCCUCAACCAUCAGGAAGGAGGUACAGGAGCCUCAGGACCCACACCACCAGGUUCAGGAACAGUUAUUACGCUUCAACCAUCAGGAGGAGGUACAGGAGCCUCAGGACCCACACCUCCAGGUUCAGGAACAGUUAUUACCCCUCAACCAUCAGGAAAGAGGUACAGGAGCCUCAGGUCCCACACCACCAGGUUCAGGAACAGUUAUUACCCCCUCAACUAUCAGGAAGGAGGUACAGGAGCCUCAGGACCCACACCAUGAGGUUCAGGAACAGUUAUUACCCCCUCAACCAUCAGGAAGGAGGUACAGUAACCUCAGGACCCACACCACCAUGUUCAGGAACAGUUAUUACGCUUCAACCAUCAGGAAGGAGGUACAGGAGCCUCAGGACCCACACCACCAGGUUCAGGAACAUUUAUUACCCCCUCAACCAUCAGGAACCUCAGGGCCCACACCACCAGGUUCAGGAACAAUUAUUACCCCUCAACCAUCAGGAAGAAGGCACAGGAGCCUCAGGACACACACCACCAGGUUCAGGACAGUUAUUACCCCCUCAACCAUCAGGAAGGAGGUACAGGAACCUCAGGGCCCACACCACCAGGUUCAGGAACAAUUAUUACCCCUCAACCAUCAGGAAGAAGGCACAGGAGCCUCAGGACCCACACCACCAGGUUCAGGAACAGUUAUUACCCCCUCAACUAUCAGGAAGGAGGUACAGGAGCCUCAGGACCCACACCAUGAGGUUCAGGAACAGUUAUUACCCCCUCAACCAUCAGGAAGGAGGUACAGGAACCUCAGGACCCAUACCACCAUGUUCAGGAACAGUUAUUACGCUUCAACCAUCAGGAAGGAGGUACAGGAGCCUCAGGACCCACACCACCAGGUUCAGGAACAGUUCUUACCCCCUCAACCAUCAGGAAGGAGGUACCGGAGCCUCAGGACCCACACCACCAGGUUCAGGGACAGUUAUAACCCCUCAACCAUCAGGAAGGAGGUACAGGAGCCUCAGGACCCACACCACCAGGUUCAGGGACAGUUAUAACCCCUCAACCAUCAGGAAGGAGGUACAGGAACCUCAGGACCCACACCACCAGGUUCAGGAACAGUUAUUACCCCUCAACCAUCAGGAGGAGGUACAGGAGCCUCAGGACCCACACCACCAGGUUCAGGAACAGUUCUUACCCCUCAACCAUCAGGAAGGAGGUACAGGAGCCUCAGGACCCACACCACCAGGUUCAGGGACAGUUAUAACCCCUCAACCAUCAGGAAGGAGGUACAGGAGCCUCAGGACCCACACCACCAGGUUCAGGAACAGUUAUUACCCCCUCAACCAUCAGGAGGAGGUACAGGAGCCUCAGGACCCACACCACCAGGUUCAGGAACAGCUAUUACCCCUCAACCAUCAGGAAGGAGGUACAGGAGCCUCAGGACCCACACCACCAGGUUCAGGAACAGCUAUUACCCCUCAACCAUCAGGAAGGAGGUACAGGAGCCUCAGGACCCACACCACCAGGUUCAGGAACAGUUAUUACCCCUCAACCAUCAGGAAAGAGGUACAGGAGCCUCAGGUCCCACACCACCAGGUUCAGGAACAGCUAUUACCCCUCAACCAUCAGGAAGGAGGUACAGGAGCCUCAGGACCCACACCACCAGGUUCAGGAACAGCUAUUACCCCUCAACCAUCAGGAAGGAGGUACAGGAGCCUCAGGACCCACACCACCAGGUUCAGGAACAGUUAUUACGCUUCAACCAUCAGGAGGAGGUACAGGAGCCUCAGGACCCACACCACCAGGUUCAGGAACAGUUAUUACCCCUCAACCAUCAGGAAAGAGGUACAGGAGCCUCAGGUCCCACACCACCAGGUUCAGGAACAGUUAUUACCCCCUCAUCUAUCAGGAAGGAGGUACAGGAGCCUCAGGACCCACACCAUGAGGUUCAGGAACAGUUAUUACCCCCUCAACCAUCAGGAAGGAGGUACAGGAACCUCAGGACCCACACCACCAUGUUCAGGAACAGUUAUUACGCUUCAACCAUCAGGAAGGAGGUACAGGAGCCUCAGGACCCACACCACCAGGUUCAGGAACAUUUAUUACCCCCUCAACCAUCAGGAGGAGGUACAGGAGCCUCAGGACCCACACCACCAGGUUCAGGAACAGUUAUUACCCCCUCAACCAUCAGGAAGGAGGUACAGGAACCUCAGGGCCCACACCACCAGGUUCAGGAACAAUUAUUACCCCUCAACCAUCAGGAAGAAGGCACAGGAGCCUCAGGACACACACCACCAGGUUCAGGACAGUUAUUACCCCCUCAACCAUCAGGAAGGAGGUACAGGAACCUCAGGGCCCACACCACCAGGUUCAGGAACAAUUAUUACCCCUCAACCAUCAGGAAGAAGGCACAGGAGCCUCAGGACCCACACCACCAGGUUCAGGAACAGUCAUUACCCCCUCAACUAUCAGGAAGGAGGUACAGGAGCCUCAGGACCCACACCAUGAGGUUCAGGAACAGUUAUUACCCCCUCAACCAUCAGGAAGGAGGUACAGGAACCUCAGGACCCACACCACCAUGUUCAGGAACAGUUAUUACGCUUCAACCAUCAGGAAGGAGGUACAGGAGCCUCAGGACCCACACCACCAGGUUCAGGAACAUUUAUUACCCC